AUGAUGGUUGACUGGUGGAGUAGAUUACAAGAUAGUGAUUUUGACGAUUAUUGUUGGUUAACGGUGCUACAACAGGUAUGUGUGAAGGCUGUUAGUUUCCGACAAGGUGGAAGAGAUCUUAAAUCUGAGACAAGGGAGUAUUGGUUGAUUAUCGGAGAAGAAGGGGUAUCCGAUCGGAGAAGGAAAGAUGAGAGAGAGGUUGUAGUUAUGAACAAUGAAAAUGGUGGUGAGUGGUGCUUCGACAAUGGUGGCGGGCGAUUCUUCGGCGACGGUGGUGGUCGGUGGUCCGACGAUGGUGGCUCGACGGGUAUUCAGAAUCUCGUAACUUAUUGUCCAGAGCCUAGUUUAUUGAAGUGGAAUCAAGCCAUGGGUGAUGGUCCUAAAGGGAUAGAAAUUUUCCCAGAUCAUUUUAAGGCUUCAACUUCUGAUGUUGAUACCCCUCAAUCAAGAAGUUCGUCACUCUCUCAUACCAAAACUGAAUUUGAGCAUAGUUCAAGCAGCCGAUUGUGGGGUAGCAGAAGAUUAAUGAGUGCUGCAUCUAUCUUGAACUUGUGUAGCCUAAGGAGACUAUCUUGGGGAAAUGACACAGAUGAGCAAGACAAGGUUGUGUUAUCUGUUAAAGAAGUAAAAAGCCUUCGAUCAGAACUUGCUGAAUUGGAGGAAAGAGAAGCUCUUCUGAGAGCUAAAUUGGAACAUAUUGAUGAGAUUCUUCGUUCUGCUCAUCUUUCUGGCUACUUACACAUGCGAAAUAGAUGGGCAGCAUUACCUGGCGAACCUCUCCCUCUUGAUGACAUGGAAAUUGAUGAUUGGCUUCCACGUUUUGUUGUUCUUCUAGGACCAUGCAUCUUCUUCUAUUUCCUGUCCAUGGAUUUAAGUCCUCAGGACUCGUGUCUGUUAUCUGAUGUUGUUGAAGUAGGGCCCAUGCCACAUAUUACUCAAGAAGAAGGGGAAACUCGAUAUUAUUUUUAUAUAAUAACUCGGUAUGGAUUGAGAUACGAGUGUUCAAGCACUUCUAAAAUCCAGGUGGAUAAUUGGUUGACGGCAUUGCAAGACAAAUGCAAAUUGGGAUCUCAAUCAAGCACCACUAUAUGAUUCUAAGUUGUUAAAUAACUUGAUAAGAUUUAGAGUGUGUUGCAUAGGUAGUCGCAUUCAUGGUGGAUUAGGAAAGCUUUUGUACAAAUUAAUAGUGUCAAAUGUGAGACUAAUGGAAUUUGCAAAAAGUGUGCCAAAAAUUCGAUAACUUUUAUGACAUUUUCAGGUGCUAAUCUGCUGUUUUUGAUCAAUGUGUUAUUGGCAGUGGAAUGGAGCGGAGAUCUUUUUGAAG